CAAUUUUGGCGUAUGGUAGUGGUGUCGUGAUAGGAGCCGAGGCGUCCCUCCACAACAAAGUCCUGAGUGCUUUGUACGCAGUCUAGUCUGGAAAGGAAGAACUAGGUAGAUAGAGGGACCACUACACAUGCUGCACCAUGAUGGCCUCUGCUAUCCUCCUUCUCCUCUGCCUUCUGGGAACAACUCAAUUGGUAGCAUCUAACGACAGGUUCCUUGUCACAGCUCCCAGCGUGUUCCAUGUUGGAGUGAAGGAGAAGGUGUCUGUGCAACUGGGCCAGUCACGGCUCAACAGUCCCGUCUUACUCUACUUGGAGCACGAGAUUUCUGGAGAGCUGAUGUCCAAGAAGGUUCCAGUGGAUUUUAGCAAUGCUCCUGCAGGGACAAUCAAGCACUAUGAACUUGAGAUUUUGAACAAACCUGAACGGUUGACAGCACCUGCUGGAUCUCCAGCAUAUCUCUUGCUGGUUUGUGAAAUCAAAGGGCAGAGGAAACCUGUCAGGGUCCUGGUGUCCAAACAUAAAGGCUACAUCUUCAUCCAGACUGACCAACCGGUCUACAACCCCGAUCAGAAAGUGCGUUAUAGAAUAUACACAUUGGACCAUGUCAUGAGGCCACACCAGGAAUUAAUCUAUGUCUCCAUCACGAAUGCUGGAGGAAACCGAAUCAGGCACUCAACAGUGAGAACAACAAAUGGAAUCGUGUCAAAAAAUUUUGACAUCCCUGAUGUUUCAGAGCCUGGGACAUGGAGGAUCACCGCACACUACGAGGGAGAUGAGGAAAAUGCUGCCACUCGAGAGUUUAAGGUUCAGAAAUUUGUUCUUCCCAGCUUUGUGGCAUCCAUUAGACCACAGCAAAACUUCUAUCUUGCCAAAUCCAAGGACUUCAGGUUUUCCAUUGAAGCAAAGUAUUCCUAUGGUGAGAAUGUGAAUGGGGCUUACCACUCCCGAUUUGGAUUGAAGAACAAAGGGGGGAAAAUAAUCUUCAUCAGAGGCAUUGAACAAGCAGGAUCGUUGAAGAAUGGCAAAGCAGAUGUGUCGAUGUCAAACUUUGAAAAAUACAUCGAGGAGAUGAACACAACAAUACCUGAUCUAGCCGAGGAGGAGGCAAAGCUAUACGUUGCGGUCUCAGUCACUGACAUAAACAGUGGAGAGCUGCAGGAGACUGAGGGCCUGUUUCCCAUCGUGCUCCAUCCAUACCUGGUGGACCUCUCCCGGGUCCACUCCCACUUCCUACCCGGGCUGCCAUUUGAACCAGCGGUUGUCAUUCGCUUUCCGAAUGGUUCUCCUGCACCCGGAAUCCAGGCACAGAUUGAGGUGCCGCAAUCUCAGGAGAGGCAAUGUCACAGUGAAAGCAACAAGGAUGGAGUAGUGGAUUGUGCAUUUAAUCUCCCAACAGCCGCAAUGGCAUUGACUUUCAUAGUAACUGUGGAGGGCAGCGUUCACCAGAGAAACCUGAGCCCUGCCUCCGCUGCCAGUGGCAGUUUCCUCUACAUCAAUGCCAUCAGCAAGGUGGUGCCGGUGGGAGAGAGCCUUAAGGUCCAGUUCAAGGCCGUCAACUCAGAACCAGAAGAUGGCUUCUUCUACUACAUGAUCUUCAGCAAAGGAGAGCUUAGGCACAAGGGCUCAGAGAGAGCAACAUCACUGACGCUAACACAGAUCCAAGUUAGCCAUGACAUGGUCCCAUCGUUCCGCCUCGUGGCCUACUUCUACCACCCCAGUGGUGACAUCAUUUCAAACUCCAUUUGGGUGGAUGUCCAGGAUGCAUGCCAAGGAACAAUUUCAUUGUCUCGUAGUGGAGGUUCUCCACACCCAGGGAAAUCUACCAAAGUCACCAUUGACCUGGGCGGUCAGGCGGCCACUGUUGCCUUGCUGGCUGUGGAUAAAGCUAUCUAUGGUGUUAGUUCAUCCAACAAGCUUACUCCCAAACAGGUGUUUUCGUCUAUGCAGUCCUAUGACCUUGGAUGCUCAUAUGGAGGAGGCUCGGACACCGCAGCGGUCUUCAAUGACGCCGGCCUUGCUUUCAUUUCCAGCAGCACCUCAAAUCAUCAGAUAUCUCGGAUGAGAAGGGGCUUCAGCUGCGAAUCUGGAUUUCGGCGCCAGACACGCUCCUUGGACCUGCAGAAAAAAAUGACUGAGAAAGAAAUGCGCUAUGAAGACAAAAGGUUGCAGAAGUGCUGCCACAGCGGCCUGGUGCUGAUCCCCAUGCAGUUGACGUGCGAGGAGCGUGCAGAGAGGGUGCGCACGAGGCACGCACAGGACUGCGUUGAUGCCUUCCUGGAGUGCUGUCGUGAGGGGAAAUUGUUGAGGGACAAGAAGAGACUGGAGGACAAGCGCAAAGGACUUGGCAGAUCUGCGAGUGCUGGAGACAUUGAGGAUUUCUUUGAUAAUGAAGUGCAGACAAUCCGUCAGUACUUUCCACCGAGCUUUAACUUUGACGAAAUUACUGUGGAUGGCAAGAAAGAUUAUCACUUGACGAUGCCGGAUUCCAUCACGACGUGGGAGAUUCAGUCAGUCAGCCUGUCUCAGAGCCAUGGCAUUUGUGUUGCUGAACCUUUGGACAUAAAAGUUUUCAAGGAUGUCUUUCUGUCUUUGAGAUUGCCCUACUCAGUGAAGCGUUUUGAACAGCUCUCUAUCCCGGUUGUUGUUUACAACUAUGGAAGUAAUCGUCAAGAGUUAGCUAUUCACAUGAAGCAAGCAGAAGGACUGUGCUCUCCUGCCGCGAAAACCUCCAAUUCUUAUCAGAGGAUCACAGUAGAAGCCAACUCUGCAACCACGGUUACAUUUCCUGCUGUUCCGAUGACGUUUGGUGAAAUUCCAAUAAUGAUUCAGCUUUACAGUACAGAAAUAGAAUUUGGCGUGGAUGCCAUUACAAAGAUGCUGUCGGUGAAGCCCGAGGGAUUGUUGUCAACAAAAGAAGAGACAUUUUAUCUCAACAUGGAUGGAAGGUCGGAUUCCAACUACAUCAUUCAGGGGGAGUUUCCCAAUAACACAGUUCCCGACUCUGGCACCAAUGUCUUCGUCAAGAUAGAAGGGGAGAUAUUUGGCAAAACUUCAGCAGUGCCAAUGCUGGAAGCCUCCAAAGUUAGGGGUCUGAUAAAUGCUCCCAUGGGUUGUGCUGAGCAGACCAUGAUGCUGAUGUCCCCAACCGCUCUAUCGCUACGAUACCUGGACGGUGGCAACCACUGGCAUGACCUGCCCGCUGGGAUGAGGGACAGGGCUAUAGACUCAAUGGAAAAAGGUUACGAGAGAAUUCUUACCUACAAAAAAAAUGACGGGUCAUACGGGGCCUGGCGUGAGUACCCAAGCAGCACCUGGCUAACUGCCCUGGUGGUGAAGGUGCUGUCACUUCUGGCCGCGCGCCAAAACAACGUGGAGCAGGCAAGACCAGAGAAGGUCAUAACAGAGAGGGACAUCCAGCAGUCAGUUCAGUACCUUCUCAAUAUACAGAAGAAAGAUGGAUCCUUUUCUGACCCUAACCCUGUCAUUCAUCGGGAAAUGCAGGGAGGGAUUGGAGGAGAGGAAGAGCAGGUGUCCCUCACAGCCUUCAUCACCGUGGCAAUCCAUCACUCCCUUCCUUUCCUGCGAGGAGCAAAAGAGCUGAAGGAGAAAGCGGAGUCCAGCAUCUCUAACUCUACAGAAUACCUCCUGGCUCGAGUGGAGCACAUAGAGAGCCCUUUUGCACUUGCCAUCACAGCCUACUGCCUGUCGACCUGCACCUGUGAACGCAGUCUGUCACGGUCCGCCUGGGAAAAACUCAAGAGCAAGGUCACAAAAGAGGGUGAAUGCAAAGUUUGGCGUGCAAGUUUUGACCUGGAUGAGCGAGGGUCCAGGUACAUAACAGCUGAGGCUCUAACGGUGGAGACCACUGCCUACGCGUUGAUGACUGCUGUGGCCCAGGAAGACGCAGAAUGGGCAAACGAUGCAGCCUGCUAUCUGGCCACACGCGAGAACUACAGAGGGGGCUGGAAGUCCACACAGGACACCAUCGUGGCUCUGGAGGCCCUCAUGAGAUAUGCCACGAGCCAGCCGGAGUCUCCUAUCAGUCGGAUGAAUGUGCUCUUCCAGGUGCCAGGAAAGUCUGUAAGCGAAACGCUCGCUACGGAUGCCAGUGGGCUCUCUGUGGAGACCGAUCUGAAGAGGCUUGUUGGCAACAGCAUUCGUGCUACAGUACAAGGAGAGGGAAAAGCAAAGAUGAAGGUGGUGAAAGUCUUCCAUGUGUAUGAGCCAGAGACGAGCUGUGAUGAUGUUGCCAUCAGUGUGACGGUGAAAGGCAAAGUGGAGUACACAGAGGAGAUUCAAAAGAAUUAUGAGUACGAGGACUAUGGAGAUUACGAUGAGGAAAGGCGUGAGGAGGAAGAUGUUCCCCGAACUGCGAUCGAGUGGUUCGAUAUUCGAAACAGACGGAAGAGAGACACGAAGCAGAGUGAGGAGAGCCUCGAGAACAUUAAGUACACUGUGUGUGUCAGUCACAAGUUGGAGCGGAAUCUCUCAGGGAUGGCAGUUGCGGAUAUUACACUACUGAGUGGCUUCAGUGCUGACCGUGCUGAUCUAGACAAGCUUAAAGAUGGAGCUGACCAGUACAUCUCUCAUUACGAGAAGUCCCACAACAGAGUGCUGUUGUACUUUAAUGAGAUUCCCAAGGAAGGUAAGGAGUGUAUCUCUUUCGGAGCCAAACAGAUAAUGCCCAUCGGCCUCAUCCAGCCCGCACCAGCUGCAUUCUAUGACUACUAUGAUCCUGGCAGGAGAUGUGAUAUAUUCUACUCAGCACCCAAACGAAGCAAGAUGAUAUCCCAACUCUGCUCAGAGGAUGUCUGUGAAUGUGCUGAAAGGCCAUGUUUUAAAGAGAAGACGGGUACAAAAAUCAAGAAAUCCAACCGCUUUGAUCAUGCUUGUUACGAUCCUGUUGUGGAAUAUGGUUUUGAAGUCCUCAUUACGUCUGUCGAAAAGAAAAGCAGUUUUGAGUUGUACAUCGGGACAGUGACUAGCAUUUUUAGAACAACUGGUGACACGUCUGUGGGCCAGGGAGACACCCGCGUGUUUGCCAAAAGGAUGGCGUGUAAAGGCAGCUUGGCAGUGGGCAAGACGUACCUCAUCAUGGGCUACGAUGGACCCACCAAAGACACAGCUGGACAAAUGCAGUAUCUGCUGGAUUCCAGAACUUGGGUGGAGGAGAAGCCAACUAAUUGCAAGGCAUCAACUAGAAGAAAAUACUGCAGGGGAUACGAGGACUUCACAACCGAAUACCAGAUAAAUGGUUGUACUCAAUAAUCAGCCAAAAGAACCCACCAGACAUAUAUUUUCUGUGAUUCGAUUUUUCAGAACAAUGUACAGUACAUUGAUUUUCUAUCAAGACCAACAUUUUUUCAACUGCCUUAUUUCAUAUUAACAUAAAGUGAGGGUAGCUUUCCAUCAAUACCAAAAAUGCUUCAAAUGUCUUAAAUUUUAACACCAUAUAAUGAAGUUGUGGCAAAUCUGCAGACUGGUGCCUUUAGUUUAUGUCGCUUAUGUCCUCUGGCCUACAUAGGCAAAGUGCAGUAACUACACAUCUUCAUCAUUACACCUCCUUCAUCUUGUGUCAAAGGUCCAAAUGUGUGCCGGUGUAGAGAUAUUGUGUCAAAUUUGUUACAAUACCCAACCUAAUGCCAAUUCAAAGGCCUUUUUCUCUGUGUCAAUGUUGGCAUAGUUACUACAAUUUGCCUUUGUUGGGCAAUAUUGUAGGUGGUAUUUUUUCCUGCCUUGCUUAUGGUCUUACUUUGUGUAAGCAUGUAAUAGUUUGGACCAUAUCCAAAUAAUAAUGUAGCCUAUAACCUUUCCUUUACAGCAGGGGUCCCCAAACUUUUUUUCUCUGGGGGCCACAUUAUCGUUUCUGACUGUGAUCAGGGGCCGGGAUCAAUCAUGUGGGCUGUAUACUAGGCCACUGCCUGUAAUAGCCAUAAUUUCUAGCACGGCAAUCGCCAUUACACGCUGAAGAAGGGCUCUGCCUGAAACGUUCGUAGGCGAAUAAACAGAGAAAAAUCUGAAGAGUGCUGUCCUUCGCUUCCUUCAUUCAUAAUUUCUAGCACAAAAUAUUAUUAUUAUAUCAUUAUUGAUUUGCAAAAGAAGUGAGUGAGUACUUCACAUGUUCUUCAAUUUGAAAUACCACAGGUUUUCCUUAUAAUUUCCAAUAACCAUGUAAACAUAGCAAGGAAAGAUUAGAAAAAUAUAGUGAUUGACAGUUUAGAAGUGAUACAAUAGAAAUGUUAGGCCUGAUAUUACAGUGAGAUGAGAAACUAUCAAGACAAGAAACUUCUGGUGAUUAACACUAAGUUAGUGAAUAUUUAACUGUAGGAAGGCCUGUUGAUAAACAAAAUAAAAUAUUUAAAAAUAUAUAUUUUAUCUUUUUUUUCUGUGAGGAUUGCUUCUUUGGGCCAGUUCAAAUGGUGAGAUGAAGAGAGGUGGCGGGCCGGUCAAAGGGGCCCCUGCUUUACAGUAUUAUAAAUGAUGACAAAUUCUUCAUUGUAAUAAAGGCAGCCCAUCAUGCUGAUAAGAUGUCUCAUGGUUGUUAAAGAA